CAUCUCCCUUUGUAAAUCGGUGAAAAGUCCUCGCCAACAACACAUCUUGUACACACAACAUAGGUCUCGACCAGCACCUGACUGCGCUCCUGAAUUGUGAGCGAUUAGCGAGCGGAGCAGGAACCCAUAUCCUCAUGUACAACUGCGUCACAGUUGGUAGACUAGGUAUACCUCUCUCGUGUCUCUUUUGAACAGUCCAGGCGGGAAAGAGAGUCAAUUUUUGUAGUCAAUACUUCACUCUUCGAAUGUUUCAGACGUGCUGCGUUAAGUUACCUAACUAAAAUGUCGCUCAGGAUCACGACAGUCUGAAAUUGAAGUACUUGACACAGGAUAUUGGCUAGCGUGGAUUGAUUUUGGAAGAAUGCUGGGUACUAUGGUUUGAGGCCGUUUAUUUGAGGCUGUCGUGGUCCUGUGCACAUCUUGUGGGUGCGUCAAACCGCUCUGUAGUUGAAUUUGAUAUCUGAAUUGAGAAAGACGGGUAUUGAAACAUUUGUGAAUUCAAGGGUAUGUAGUAGUCGGUUGGGAGUUUUAUAUAUGCGGAUGGACAAGUCAAGUGCGAGAAGUUUUAGGUCGAAUUACUAGUUUCACUUGGGCAGUUUCAAGCCUUUGUGGAGAAACUACCGAUGCAUACCUAUAAUUGGCAGUGGUUUCCAAUCAUACCAACCCGAGCACAUCUGACGAGGAGUUGUAGAGUUCAUCUGUAUGCUUAGGGCAUGGCUGGCUCGAGAUAAACUCUCUCUCAUGCCUGGUGAACCUCUUGCGCAGGGACCGUAAAUUGUGAUACAGAAUGUGCAUAUAGAAUUAGGGGCAGAUAGAUAAUGAGCAUUCCUCGACUUUUUUUAUGAAACUCAAUGAAAGUCCGAGUGUGACACCCCCUACGUGUGGCAUUUCAAAGUGCAGCAGAGCAGGAAUACCAUUGGUCAGAAUAGCCCAUUCCUGUAAGUCGGAAACAACUCACGAUCUACCUCUGUAGGUGGAUUAUGAGCAGUCCCCAAGUUUGGGGAAUUUGAGGAAUUGAGAGGAUGGGUUAAUGUGACACCCCUGUUGAAUUGCACUCUCGAGACAACACUGGAUGCAAUAUCCAAUUUUACUAGUGUAGCAUGCAAUAUUCUUUCAGAGAUUUAAUCUUCACCUACUAUGUUGUUGGGUUUUGCACCCUAAGCUGUGGGGUUUUCACCGUUUUGCAUAGUUUGCAGCCCAAGUAUCAAGCUUGGUCUCAGCAAGCAUGACAUAUUUUUAAGUCAUAGCAGAGGGCAGAAGGAUUUUGUAGAGCAACUCUGUGUGGAUCUUGAAGCUCAAGGUUAUUCUCCAUUCUUUGAUGGAAGACUCAACAGUUUGCCUAAAGGGAAGGAAUUUGCGCCUCUGAUUUUAAAGGCAGCCCAACAUUGUCAUGUUGCUGUUAUAGUGUUGUCUCAAGAUUACUUAAUUUCUAAGUGGCCAAUGAUAGAGUUGUCGGAGUGUCAUGCUGCUGAACAAGCAGGAAACCAAGCGUUGAACUUGCUCCCACUGUUCUUCAAGUCAUCAGUUCACGAUCUUGAUGAUCAGGCUAUCAAGGAGCGGUGGAUGUCUACAUGGAAAGAAUAUGAGAGCGAGGACAAACGAAUUGAUGUGGCAAAAUGGUGUGAGGCUGUGAGAGCGUUGCGAAAGGUGAAUGGCAUUGUGAAUGGCAUUGUGUUUGGCAAGCAUUCAACGACGGAGGUGGCUUACAGAAAGGAGAUAGUGCAAAGCAUUUGUAUCCUGUUGCCUCCAGACUUGGUUGAUCAUGCCAGUUCUAAGAAUGUGGUUGUUUAUGACCGAACGUAUCCGCCUGGCGUUGAGAUAUUGAGAGAGGACCCGUUGGCCUCCAAACUGAAGAGUCUCUCCAUGAAGACUAGACGCGACAAGAAGUGCAAAGUGAAGGUUGAGAUUGCUGAAUUGACUGGGAGUCGUUGUGGGCCUUGCACCUGCCAUUGGACAUGGCAUUCGAACCAGACCUGGAUGGUCGAGGCAAUAUUGUCGUAGGUGGUUAUGAGGUGAACAAUGACACCAGCGUCCGGCUUACGAUUGAAGUGACAUGGCAAGAUACUUCUCUGUAAUAUCUGUGGAUGAAUCGAUGAAAUGCUCCAAACCAGAGCUCAUUUACCCUCUAGUGAUGCUGGACGACGGCGAAGCAGAGAACUGUUUCUCGCGCAG